ACAGACAGUUACUUGGUAUGAAAGUGUGAACAUUUAUUCCUGACGUGACACGUGCAUUUUUCCUUUUCCCCCCACGUCUUAGAAGUGUUUCUUUUGUGCCGUGUGUGCGUUGUUUGAACAAAAAUGUUCAUGAACAGAUGGAGCUGUUCAUUCAGUACCGCUCAUUUUUGCUAAUUUUCGGGAAGUGAUCGCUAUGAUUACAUAUGACGCAGACAUUUGUAACGGUAAUUAUUAUUUAGUGUGUGUACUACUACUGGCGGUUUUCUGUUUUCCCUUGGGAUCUCCACAGAGCAGUCGAGAAUGUGGUGUGAGUGGUGCUUUUAAUCAUAGGCAGCCUCGGAAUUUAUCAUUGCUCGAGCAGGGUCGCAUCAUUAAUGGCAAGGAGAGCCCCAGAGGGGCAUGGCCAUGGCAGGUAUCACUGCAGUUGCUUCAUCCAAAGUUUGGUUUUAUUGGUCAUUGGUGUGGAGGUGUUCUCAUAGAUCCGCAGUGGAUCCUUACUGCAGCUCAUUGCAUUCACAAUGAAAUCUUCAACCUCCCGCUGGCCAUUCUAUGGACUGCUGUUCUGGGAGAGUGGGAUCGAGAGGUUGAAGAAAAUACAGAACUUCGAGUUCCAAUUGAGAAAGUGUUCGUACAUGAGCAUUUUCACAACUUCCAGCAUGAUAUAGCACUCCUAAAGCUGUCACAGACCUCAAGGACUGCUGGCAGUCGAUUGCAGUCUAUAUGCCUGCCUGAACAAGCUGCUGCGUUGCCAUCUAUAUCUGGAUCGUGCAUAGCCACUGGCUGGGGACAUGCCAGUCGCACUGGCUCGCUCACGGCCAAGCUGCUGGAAGCCAGGAUCCCUCUGCAUGAGAAUUCAGUAUGUCGGUCAAAAUAUGGUAAUUCAGUGCCUAUUCGGGCAGGACAUCUGUGUGCAGGACACCUUGAUGGAUCAACAGGCACAUGUGUGGGCGACUCGGGUGGACCACUGCAGUGUAGUAUGAUGGAUGGGCGAUGGUACCUUGCAGGCAUUACUUCGUUUGGUUCUGGUUGUGCCAAACCUGGUUAUCCCGAUGUAUACACAAGGCUGUCAUUUUACCUACCAUGGAUUAAAGAUAAACUUCAACAACAGUGACAUACAGGGCUGCCUAUUUUAGGAAAAGCAGGAGGAAGAAUUUAAACUUCUGUCAUUUAGACUAUAACCGUUGCUUCGACCUUCAAUAUGUGACGUACCAAAUAAUGAGGAAAUGUGUUUGCGAUUUUUAAGACAUAACCAAGUCAGCGGGAAUGCUGAAUAUUGCAUAUAGUGUAUUAAAUUUGAUGUUGACAUAUUCUAAGUCAUAUAUGAACUUUUUAGGGCUAAGAAGUUUCUGAAGACUUGCAGCACAUUGUACCUAAGUCUCCAAUUAGUCUAUAUUGCCUUUAAACAUUGUAUUGCACAUUGAUGGCUUUAAGAUAGUUCUUAGCAUUAUUAUACAUACCCUUUUAUUUGUCAAUAUCCUGCUCAGAAGUACAGAAGACAAGUUAAGUAAAUUAGUUCUAUUAGCGGGAACAUUGUCAGGUAAGUUUUAAUAAUUGUUUUUUUUGAUUCUCAGUGAGAAAAACCAUUUCCUUGGUCUUGUCUCACAAAUAAAAUAAUACUGCAUAGUUCUGAUUUUCAUUCA